GAUGUUUUAUUUUGUAAGUAAUUGGAGUGAGUAGCUACUACGUGGCUGUGGAGAAUCUGGUGAAAACAAAGUAUGAGUUAAUUGCAUUGUGCUGAAAUCCGAAACAGUGUUACCGUGAUCUGGUGCAGAUUUGAGUUGAGAAAAGAAUUAAUUUUGAUAUUGUGAUGACUCAAUCCAUGUCUCACAAAUCCACCAUAGACUCAUGCGUCUUACAGCUCCGUACCUGGAGACCCUUUCACCACCUCCAUCCCCAAACCACUUCAUCCUUAGAUGGCUCCCACAACCCAACCAAACCUUCUCUCAACAAACGCCCUUGUCUCUCCGACCGCACCACCACUUCCUUUUCCCUUGACCUCUCCAAACUAACUCUAGCUGACGACGACAGACCUAUUAACAACACCGCCAAUCACCGCCUCAUCGCUCGUAAACGCCGCCGCCGUUGUUCCAGAUCUGUCUCCGGACGUAGUAGCGAUCGUAGCGCCACGCGGCGAUGCUGCUCCGUUGGGGCUUCCGCUGCUUACGGCACUUGUUCUGAUUUUCCGGUUGCUAUGGGAACUGAUUCAAGCGGGGAACUUUUUGGAAACGGUGAUGCGAAUUGGUCUUCUGAUGUUAGUGAAGCGAAGAAUUCGAGGGAUGGUGGGAGUGGAGAGAAGGAGAAGGAGAAUGUGGCUUUAGGGUUUGGUGUGAAUGGGUGUUCUGAAGCGAAUGGGAAUGAAUCUGGGUAUGGGAGUGAACCGGGUUAUCGUGGGGAUGCUGAAUUUGGGUAUGGGGAUGAGUUUGAUGAGGAAGAAGAUGAUCACAGGGUGUUAUUUUGGGGUAAUCAACUUGGAGGAGCAGCUGUAGAUUCUAAAAUGGAGAUGGUUGGGGAGAACACCUUGCUAGAUCAAAAAUCUCAUCAUAGAUUACGUCGUAGAAAGAAUGAUUGUAGAAUGAUUGAUGCAUUAAGGUGACGAUUGCGUGAGCGACAAAAAUCUUUCCUUCAAAAGGAGAUUGGGACUGGCUUCUAGAGUAUCAGUUCAUCCUGACCCAUCCGGUGUAUUUUAGCAAGCUUGAAUACCAUAUGAUAUAGGUUUGGGAUCAAUCAAGUUAUUAAGCAUUUGAUCCCACUAUUGAAACUUACGAUAAUUACUUGUGUGAGGUACAAGGAAGGACGACUGAAAGUAUUGAGCUUUGUUUAGUAUUCCAAGGUUAAUCUCAGUCAUACAAAUUUCAAUGCAAACAUUUGUAUUAUUAACUAACAUGUGAUGUGAGCAACAAAUGUGUGGUUACUCAAGUUUGGAUUACAGUCCUUCGUUUGUUUUGAGCUAUUUCCUGCUUGACAAUAGAUCAUAUAAAUUGCGGGCAUAUGUUAUUUUCGUUC